AUGAAUUCCGCCCUUCCCUCUUGGAAGGACCGUACGCAAAACCAGUUUGGCAAGCUUCAGAUCCAGGUGCCAUGGCGUUCAAUUCAGCUCCUCGUUCCUCAUCGCAUGCGCCGCAAGAUCCGCUCCAAGUUGCGCAGUCGGAUAUCCCCUACCACCUCGAUUUCCACCCUGCAAACUUCCUUCUCCCCCGCCGAUACUCUCCGGUCGCUACAAAGUCAUCGAUGGACCGUCUAUGACUUUCAAUACUUGCUGCUGUUGAUCGUGUGCAUUUUCUCGCUCACCAUCAUCGAAUCGCCCGGCCCGCUCGGAAAGACUUCCAUGUUCACUUUGCUCGUCUUUUCGCUUUUGCUGCCCAUUACUCGUCAAUUUUUUCUGCCUUUUCUGCCAAUCGCUGGUUGGCUUUUGUUUUUCUAUGCUUGCCAAUUCGUCCCUAGUGAAUGGCGCCCCGCUAUCUGGGUCCGCGUGCUUCCGGCUCUCGAAAACAUCCUUUACGGUGCCAACAUUAGCAACAUCCUGUCUGCUCAUCAGAAUGUGGUUCUCGACGUUCUGGCUUGGAUCCCUUACGGUCUCUGCCACUACGGUGCGCCCUUUGUGGUCUCGAUGAUCAUGUUCAUCUUCGGUCCUCCCGGCACUGUCCCACUCUUCGCCCGGACCUUCGGCUACAUCAGCAUGGCCGCUGUGACUAUCCAGCUUGUGUUCCCUUGCUCGCCCCCGUGGUACGAGAACUUGUACGGCCUCGCUCCGGCCGACUACUCGAUGCAGGGUAACCCCGCCGGUCUUGCUCGCAUUGACAAGCUCCUGGGUAUCGACCUGUACACCUCCGGUUUCAAACAGUCCCCGGUCGUGUUUGGCGCCUUCCCUUCUUUGCAUGCAGCAGACUCGACUCUGGCGGCUCUCUUCAUGAGCCAGGUCUUCCCCCGUUUGAAGCCUUUGUUUGUCACCUACACCCUCUGGAUGUGGUGGGCAACCAUGUACCUCUCGCACCACUAUGCUGUUGACUUGGUCGGUGGCGGUCUCUUGGCCACCAUUGCCUUUUACUUUGCCAAAACCCGCUUCAUGCCCCGUGUGCAAACCGACAAGAUGUUCCGCUGGGACUACGACUACGUGGAAUUCGGUGACUCCGCUCGCGAAUACGGCUACGACUUGGCCGGUCUUGAAGGAGAAUUCAACCUCGACAGCGAUGAGUGGACUGUUGGUUCCUCAUCUUCGAUUUCCUCUGGCUCUCUGAGCCCUGUGGAUGACCACUACUCCUGGGAGGGCGAGACCUUGGCUUCUCCUGGCUCCGACCUCGAAUCUGGACGACAUAUGAUCAGUCCAUGA